AUGCGGGAUGGAUUCUUCCGUGGCUACAACUUGUUUGUGGUCAUUGUCGUUGCUCUACAGUCGCUAGGUGGACUCUGCGUUGCAGUGGUAAUCAAGUACGCUGACAACAUUCUCAAGGUCUUCGCCACGUCCAUUUCCAUCAUCUUCUCUUGUCUCGCCUCCUACUACCUCCUCAAUGACUUUCAACCUAACUGGUAUUUUGCGAUCGGAACGAUAGCUGUCUUGAGCGCGACCGCUUUGUACAAUUUGGGCGGACGAGAGAAACCACCUCCAUCCGAAUUACCCCUCACUACCAGCAAAGAUUGA